AUGGUAGACGGCAAAGCUAUGCCCAAGGAUAAAGAAGGCUACGAUUACGUCUGGGUCUUUAUCUGCCGACUGACCAAACUUUUGGCCACCCUACCGGGAAAAAAGACGGACACCGCGGAGACCUUGGCUAUGCGGUAUUAUCAAGCUGUGUACCGUUGGAAAGGCUUCCCCGACUUAUGGCUUUCCGACAACGCCGGACCGUUUGUAUCCGAGUUCCUAAACACUUUAAACGAGUUGACAGGAACAAAGCAUAAACAUGGAAGCGCCCGCCACCCUCAAAGUCAGGGCAGCGUCGAAAUUACCAACGCUGAAUUGGAUCAGAAAAUGCGCUUUUAUGUAGAUAAAUACCAAACGAAUUGGCGACGGCAUAUUCCCGCUUUCGACUUCGGCCACAACUCGUCCGUUCACGUCUCUAUCGGCAUGGCACCCAUCGAAGCAGAAACAGGAGCUCGCCCUAAAGACCUGCUCUCUCUACCCCUACCCGAAGAAGACCUGGAGACCGGUCAGCAACAAAAGGCGCUGGAAAUGGUCCGCCAAGCCCGGCAAGCUCAGGAACUGGCCCGCAACAAUGGACUCGGAGCGAAAAUAGAGCAACAGAGGCAGGCUAACAAAAAACGGCGACCGGUCGACUUUACGGUGGGAGAUGCGGUUUACGUUAGCAAAAAGGGUUUUUCCACAGAACCUCCUACGACCAAGUUGGACUCACAAAAUGCAGGACCAUGGACGAUUCUCGAGGAAAAGGGUCACAGCUUCAUUCUCGACACCCCUGCCUGGUAUAAAGGUAGUAAGCUGUUCCACGCCAGCCGACUGCGCAAGGCAGCAACGGACCCAUUACCUGAGCAGUAUCAAAAGCCGGAACCACCGGUCGAGAUUAACGGAGAACCGGAGUGGGAGGUGGAGCAAGUGUUGGCCUCGCGACCAUUCGGACGAAAGAAGACGUUGCAAUAUCAGGUAUCGUGGGUCGGACUCGACCCUGAUGAGACAUGGUAUGGGGCCCGCGACUUGAAAAAUUCACCAGUACUGCUGGAUACCUUUCACAGGGAGUAUCCGGACGCAGCAGGACCUCCGGUAAAUUUGCAACAGUGGAUAAGGAGCGCAGCAGAGGAUGUUUUUUGCGGUGGACGGACCCGAGGACAAUGUUGCCGAACAUGA